AGAAUUAUGUAAAAGAUACCAUUUUACGCAAUUGCCUAGGAAUUGAUGAUUUUACGGAUGACGAAGUAAAAUUCUUAGUUGCAAAUCAAACAAAAAUAGAUUAUGAAUAUUAUAUGGCUAAUUUGACAAGCUGGAGAGCUCGUUUGG